CAUGAACUAUGGAAGCAAAGCUGCCGUCCCAGUCGGGCCCUGGUCAGGAGCUCACCCAAGGCUCAGGGAGGCUGUGCCCUGCAGGACCCAGGCGGUGGCCCAGGUUCACCCGCUGCCCUCCUGGCAGUCACCAAGUCCGCAAUGCUGUGGACGCCGGCUCCUCUCCCAGAGGUCCUCGCUGGAGACGCUGGAAGACAUUGAGGAGAACGCCCCCCUGCGGAGAUGUCGAACUCUCUCAGGUUCGCCCAGACCAAAGAACUUUAAGAAGAUCCAUUUCAUCAAGAACAUGCGGCAACACGACACGAGGAACGGCAGAAUCGUCCUCCUCAGUGGCAGGCGAUCCUUCUGCAGCGUGUUCUCAGUGCUGCCGUAUCGGGACAGCGCCCAGGCCGGGGACUUGAAGUCGGACGGAGGGAGACAGUCAGCAGGUGCCGUGAGCCUGAAAGAGGUCGUUGGCCUGGAAGGCGUGGAGCUGGGCGCUGACGGGAAGACGGUGUCGUACACCCAGUUCCUGUGGCCCACAAACGCCUUGGGAGCCCGGAGGGGCACCAUCGACUCCACCUCCUCCUUCUCCCACUUCCGCACCCUGAGCCACCGCAGCCUCUCCAUAGGGCGGGCCAGCAGCACCCAGGGGAGCCUGGACACAGGCAGCGACCUGGGAGACUUUGUGGACUACGACCCGAACCUCCUGGACGACCCCCAGUGGCCUUGUGGGAAGCACAAGCGGGUCCUCAUCUUCCCUUCGUACAUGACCACGGUGAUCGCCUACGUGAAGCCCUCGGACCUCAAGAAGGACAUGAACGAGACCUUCAGGGAGAAGUUCCCUCACAUCAAGUUAACGCUCAGCAAAAUCAGGAGCCUGAAGCGCGAGAUGCGGAAGCUGGCGCAGGAGGACUGCGGCUUCGAGGAGCCCACGGUGGCCAUGGCCUUCGUCUACUUCGAGAAGCUCGCCCUCAAGGGGAAGCUGAACAAGCAGAACCGGAAGCUCUGCGCGGGGGCCUGUGUGCUGCUGGCGGCCAAGAUCGGCAGCGACCUCAGGAAGCACGAGGUCAAGCACCUGAUUGAUAAACUGGAAGAGAAGUUCCGGCUGAACAGACGAGAGCUGAUCGCCUUCGAGUUCCCGGUGUUGGUGGCCUUGGAAUUUGCCCUUCACCUGCCAGAGCACGAGGUCAUGCCCCAUUACAGACGCCUGGUCCAGAGCUCCUAGCACAGGCCUGAGGGCCGGGCGCUUCCUGGUGUCAGCAGAGCUGCUAGCACAGGCCCAGGGGCCUGAUGCACACUUCCUGGCGCCAGAAACUUCCUGGUGGGGGGUGGGAGGGCGGCUCCUAGCACAGGCCUGGAGGCCGAUGCUUCCCCGCGCUGGAGAGCCGCGCUGCUGCUGGAGACUCAUUCCCGAGCAGAGCUCAGCAACACAGGACUCUCCUCCCAACGCGCUUGUGCAGAGGCUGUGCCGGGGACCUUUCCAGGAGCCUGGUCUGCUGGCUGAGAGCCCCUGGGAGCUGUGACUACCCACCGGGCGAGGGGAGGCCUGGGCGGAACACACGGUGGCCGUCCGGGCUGUCCACCAGCAAGAGUUCUUACCCCCCACCCCACCCCCAGUCCUCCUCCCGGGCACACAGACCUGCCGGCCGGUCCAGAACUCUCCAGACCCACGCCACGUCUGAGCGUCAAGCCAGAGCAGAGCAGGGACGACAGCGUGGACAGGUGGAGGGAAGCUUUACAAAGACGCCCUCGCGGUGUCAGAAGAGGGUGCCAGUGUGUCUCUGUACCAGUUGUUGGAGGGCACUGUCCCCGGGGGCGUGUGCUCGCGUGAGUGUCAGUGUGUCUGAGAGAUGCUGCCUCAGCCCUGAGCCCCAGCCAGCCCUGCCCCCUUAGCACAGACCUCACCUAGGGACCCCUCACCUGGGGACCCCUCA